AUUGAAUCAAAAGUUUCUCAAAUAAAGCAAGAUGAUGAUAUUCAUCAUCUAUAUAAAGAAGGUUUCGAUAAUCUUUGUGCAGCAGGAAAUUUUCAUAAUUAUGAGUGGUUUAGCAACGUAGUUGUUUCUUCUGAAGAAAAUGAUUGGUAUAGAAAG